AUGAAUAUAUUUGGUAUGAAAAAAAUUAGUAUACUCCCAAUACGUGAUAUACCAAUUAUAAAUCAAGUUGUAAAUUUUGUUCGUAUAAAUGCAGUGAUUAGUAAACUUAGAUCGACAGAACCCACUUAUCAUUUCAAACACAUCACCCAACUUGCCCAAUUAAGAUCACAGGAAGAGAGGUUUGAAAAGAAAAGAGGUAUCUUUGAGAUUGACUAUGAUUACGUUUAUUUUACUCUUCUGGAUGCUCAAAAAAGACGAUGUCCGAUUACCAAUGUACCACUAAGUCUUGUUUCCAUGUCUCACUGGCAAGCCAGUGUCGAUAGAGCUGAUGAUAAAAUUUCUAUCAAAGACCAAAUUAUGAAUAAAUUCAAUACCUAG